UCAUUCAUCAUUGUACUACAACUUGUUUAGUUCUUAUCGGGUAACUCUAUUACCUGCACUUUAAGUGCCCUUAUGUUGAGUGAGUGAAACCAAAUGAUUGAUAAUUGAAACAGUCGUUGCGACCACAAAACCACUCGAUAAGACGCCGCAUGGCUUUCAUGCGAAUAAAAGCAAGCGCGCUAAAUACCAACAAUCAUGUUAACCCGGUUGAUAAUAUUAUUUACUGGCACAAAAAACACUAAUUAAGUACUUCUAUGGCGAUAAGAUUUGGCUUUGAGCUAAACAAGCGAUUUAGUUUGCAUAUAAGUUGUUGAAAUUAGUUGAUCAGUCCUAAUUCAACACUCGGCGAUCGACGAUGAAGUUCUUGCUUGGAAUUUCUCUGGCCGUUUUGGCCUUGGGUCAAGCCAAUGGAAGUAUUUUUGAGAGGACCUUCAAGAGGAUCCAUGAAGAGCCUCCACUGACGACCUCUCAGAGCCGAGCGGAUGUAGUGCAGACCCUUUGGAUCGAACAGAAGUUGGAUCACUUCAAUGAGUCAGAAACGCGCACCUGGCAAAUGCGUUAUAUGCUUAACGAUGCUCUUUAUCAAUCCGGUGCACCUCUAUUUAUUUAUCUUGGAGGAGAAUGGGAGAUUUCUGCUGGCAGAAUUACUGGUGGCCAUCUUUACGACAUGGCCAAGGAACACAAUGCCCUUUUGGCCUACACUGAACAUCGUUACUAUGGACAAAGCAAACCCUUGCCCGAUCUUUCCAACGAAAACAUUAAGUAUCUGAGUGUGAACCAGUCCUUGGCUGAUCUGGCUCAUUUCAUCACUACCAUCAAGCAGAACCAUGAGGGUUUGUCCGACUCGAAGGUCAUUAUUGUGGGUGGCUCCUACUCGGCCACAAUGGUCACCUGGUUCAAGAAGGUCUACCCCGAUUUGGUGGCUGGAGGUUGGGCCUCAAGUGCGCCGCUCUUUGCCAAGGUUAACUUUGUUGAAUACAAGGAAGUCACCGGCCAAUCUAUCGAGCAAAUGGGUGGAUCGGCGUGCUACAAGCGAAUUGAGAACGGAAUCGCCGAAAUGGAGUCCAUGAUAGCCACCAAACGAGGAGCUGAAGUCAAGGCCCUGCUUAAACUUUGCGAGCCCUUCGAUGUCUAUAGCGAUCUCGAUGUCUGGACUUUGUUCAGCGAGAUUUCCGAUAUCUUUGCGGGUGUGGUACAAACUCACAAUGCUGGUCAGAUCGAGGGUGUUUGCCAGAAGAUAAUGGCAGGGUCGAGUGAUCUUAUUGGUGUCGCUGGUUAUCUGUUGGAUGAAUUUUUAGAUAGCAAUGAAAAGUGCGCCGAUCUUAGCUAUGAUGGAAUAAUGGGAGUGCUUUUGGAUACCUCCUACAAUGGCAAUAUUAUGCGUCAGUGGAUUUUCCAGACCUGCAAUGAGUAUGGUUGGUAUCAGACCUCCGGCUCCAGUGCCCAACCCUUUGGAACCAAGUUCCCUGUCACCUACUACACCACCAUGUGUGCCGAUCUCUAUGGCUCUCAGUAUGGCAACGAGUUCAUUUCCAACCAGGUGAGCACCACCAAUCAAUACUUUGGAGGAUUGUCUCCUGGCGUGGAAAACGUUUACCUCACCCAUGGUCAACUGGAUCCCUGGAGGGCGAUGGGAAUUCAGGACGCCGAUCAGGCUACAAUCAUUCCAGAGUAUGCCCACUGCAAGGACUUCAAUUCGAUCAGCUCUAGUGACACUGCUGAGAUGAAAGCCUCAAAGGAACGCAUUGCAGAACUGGUUCGCGAGUGGGUUAAAUAAUCACAAAAGCCGUCACAGAAAAUGAAAGGUCUUCUAAAUGUAUAUAAGAUUUAAGUUUAGGUGGCACACAAACCAGCAAACACAUUAAAAAAUCUUAUCAAGAUUAGAUAAGAUAUCGACAAAAUAAAAACGUAUUAGUGGUUAA